AUGACAAGCAUACGAAAUGUGAUCCUCGGGUUGAAACCGACGAUACUAAUGCUCAUUGCUCAAACCAUUCUUAGUGUAAGUAACGUGUUGUUCAAACUGGCUUCCAAUGAUGGCUCGGACUUGAAAAUUUUGGUCGCCUAUCGCUUCUUAUUUGCGGCUGCGUUCAUGGUUCCUGUCGCAUUCUUUGUUGAAAGAAACAAAAGGCCGAAAUUGACAUGGAGAGUGAUUUGGCAAUCGUUUUUGUCUGCCUUUGUAGGAGGACUACUGUCACAAAAUUUGUUUGUUCUGAGCUUGGCCUUAACAUCUGUAACGUUCGUCACUGCAAUUACCAAUCUCGUUACUGCCUUCACCUUUAUCCUAGCUAUAUGUUUCAGGCUAGAGAAAAUAAACUGGGAUAAAGCAUCAGGAAAGGCAAAGGUGACCGGAACACUGUUGAGUCUAGGUGGAGCCAUGGUUCUCACCUUAUACAAAGGCCCAAAUUUAAUUAACUGGAAUACUCAUCUUAACCUCGUCAAUCAUGGCAAUCAUCAUGGUGGACUCGCGAGAACCCACCCACAUAUGAUAGUAGGCGUCUGUUCUGCUCUAGGUAGUAUUACAUUCUAUGCCCUUUGGAUGAUACUUCAGGCAAAAAUUGCCGAGCAUUACCCUUGCCCUUACUCUAGUACAGCCCUGAUGACUACAAUGACAUCAAUUCAGUGCACACUAUAUUCCCUAUGCAUGCAAAGAGACUGGAGCCAAUGGGAGUUGGGAUGGAACAUCAGACUCCUCACUGUUGCUUAUUCGGGGCUGAUGGCUACAGGAGUGACAUUUACGCUCUUUGCUUGGUGUAUACGAAUGAGAGGUCCUUUAUUUGUAUCGGCUUUUAGCCCUUUAAUGGUUCUGAUUGUUGCUCUAACUGGACCAUUGGUACUGAACGAGACUGUUCAUUUGGGAAGUAUGCUUGGAGGUAUAACAAUCAUCUGUGGAUUAUAUGUUCUGCUCUGGGGAAAAGCGAAAGAAAUGAAGGGGACAGCUCAAUCACCUGAAACGAGCUCGAAAGUUAUAAGACAACCUGUCGAAAUUGUCUUAUCUGCUUCAUCAUCAGGAGCAUCGGAAAACCAUAAGCCUGUUGAUCGUAACAACGGUACUCUGAAUGGAGUCACCAUGCACCAUGCUUCAGUGGCAGCGACAAACACUGAUGAAAAAUUUGAUGAAAUUAGGAUCGUAGAGGACCAGGUUUACUAA